AUGCGAGAUUUAUUUAACUUACUUUGUGGUGAUGAGAAUGUUUGUUUGCACGUUCUAACAUUCCUUGAUAUGAGUUCAAUAUGUAUAAUACAUCGAGUCAAUAAGCAUUUUCAUAAUUUACUGGAGAGUACAGUGGGAGAUCGAUGUAUUUAUGGAUUAAAAGUGUAUCAAAUUGCGUUCAAAAUUCUAAAUUAUUCAUCCGAGUUCAAGAAAAAAGGAAUGAUGAUGAACGAAGCAUUGAUUUUGAACUUUUUUAACUGGGGACAUAAAGCACCUAAUAAUCAAACAGAAUUGGAUUGUCGAUCAUCGGAAGGAGUAGGAACAAAUUCAUCAAACUUGAAAUCAUUCUUUCUAAAUAAUACUACAAACUCGAUAGUAAGACGAAUCAAUAUGGAUAGAAAUAAGCCUUCCUUAUUCAAGGAAAUUUUGAAAGAGUUUUACUUCUUUCCAUUUCAUAGGAUUGGCUUCAGAUCGGAAGCAUAUGCAUCAUACAAAUCCAAGCAUGAUGAACUAUUAAUCGAAAGAUGGAGACCAUGCAAAUUGAUAGCACAAAUUCUCAAACAGUUUGGCAACUCCAUUCAAGAUGUAAUUGUGGAUUUUCAAAAUUAUCUUAUGAUGUACACUCAGAAUAAUUGGAGCCUUUCAAAGAAUGAUGUUGGGAAAUCCGCUGUGAUGAUAGAAGCAGGUAAUCUUUCAUUAGAACAAUCAAGGUUUAUUGAAAUACCUGACAUCUCAGACUCGGAUUUGUUGUUCCACUAUCUUGACAAAUUUUCUUCUUUGCUGAGGAUGUAUGAAGUUGGAGUAGCAACCAAAAUUUCGAUUAAGAGAAGUACUGUCACAUCGAAUUCUUGGAGAAAUCCUCAAUAUGACAUGAAAACACCCACCGAAUGCGAGGACAUAUUCUGUAAGGCUCAAUCUUCUGUUCGAGCGAUAACACUUGUUGGAGGUUUAAAAAAACAAAUAGAAUAUAAUUUGAGCACUGAGUUGAGUGAAAUGAGAGAAGAGCUGUUUGGAAAUAGCAAGCAUCACGCUUACGUAUGGACGGCUGGUUGCUCUGCUUACAAUGCUCGCCAACAGGUGUUUAUUAUCUGUCCUAAGGAUUGGGAUGUCCUGAAGUUGAAGAGCUACGAAAAACAUAUAUCGUUUUGA